UUCGUUUAGUUGUGUUUGACAAGAAAAAGAAGCUUUUUCUUCAGAUGGGGGAACAAAGCCGAAGACGAGUUCUCUUCUUAUUCUUUUAAGAAAUCAUCGUCCAUCGAGGGGUUCGAUUGUUUUUUUUCUCUCUUUCUCUUUCUCUUUUGGAAUUCAAACAAAGCUAUGAAUCUGAGGUUCUGAACUGCAAAUAGAAAAAACUUUCUGAUUUUCUUAUCUUAAUCGAUGGAACAGCUUGUCAACUUCAUCAUUCGCCCUCCGAGAGCUGAUUAUAAUCCAAAAAAUGACUUAUUGGAGCAAGAAUUUACAUUACAAGGACAGAGGUUUCACAGAAAAGACCUGCAGGUUACUAACAGUCGGGGAAAUGUUCUUCAGUGUAGCCAUUAUGUGCCUGAUGUUAUUCCUGAAGGAAAGGCGCUUCCAUGUGUGAUAUACUGCCAUGGAAAUAGUGGUUGCAGAGCAGAUGCCAGUGAAGCUGCUAUAAUUUUGCUUCCCUCAUGUAUUACAGUUUUCACCCUUGACUUUUCAGGAUCUGGACUCUCAGAAGGAGAGCAUGUCACUCUGGGAUGGAAUGAAAAGGAUGAUCUGAAGGCUGUGGUCAAUUAUUUGCGUUCAGAAGGGAAUGUAUCUUGUAUUGGUCUGUGGGGUCGUUCGAUGGGUGCUGUAACCAGCUUAAUGUAUGGAGCUGAGGAUCCAUCCAUUGCAGGAAUGGUCCUUGACAGCCCAUUUUCUGAUUUGGUUGACCUGAUGAUGGAACUAGUGGAUACUUACAAAUUCCGUCUGCCCAAGUUUACUGUGAAAUUAGCAAUCCAAUAUAUGAGGAAAGUCAUCCAGAAAAAGGCGAAGUUUGACAUUAUGGACCUUAACACUAUUAAGGUAGCAAACAAUUGCUUUGUUCCAGCUUUAAUAGGCCAUGCCAUUGAUGAUGAUUUUAUUCCGCCCCACCACUCUGAUCGUAUAUAUGAUGCUUAUGUGGGAGACAAAAAUAUCAUCAAAUUUGAGGGAGAUCACAACUCUCCACGCCCUCAAUUCUACUUUGAUUCUAUAACCAUCUUCUUCCAUAAUGUUUUGCAACCUCCAAAGGAAGCUGAGGGAAAUGACUUGACUUUUCAUGAUUACUAUGAUGAGGAUAUUUGGCAUAAAGUUCAUGGAGUAGGAUAUACAAACUACAGUCACGGUUAUACAGAAGCAUCUAAAGAGUCAAGCACCACAGAAGAUGCCAUUAGACAACUUCGUUCCAGAAGGCCUAUGAGUAGGAUUGAGGUCCCUUCUGGCAUUCCCUCUAAAGAGAACCAAUCUAAAUUGGAGCAAAAAGAUGGCGAACUUGACAAUGCCACAUCAUCUUCUGGACUGAUUAGUUUUGAACUCUCAAACGGUCAUCCCUAUGGCCCACAUGUUCCAACCUCAAUAGAUGAUGAUGAUGAUGAUGAAUAUGUGGAGUACACACUUGAUAACUUGGCAGAGUUUCCGUGCAGUGUGGAAGAUGAAGAAAGGAUGAUCAUGGAAGCAGUGAUAGAAUCUUUGAAGGAUUUGGAGGUCAGACAGCCUAUUCCUACUGAAAAGGAACAAAUACCCAAUGUAAGCACCAGUUCACCUGAAUGUUCACGAAAGGACAACAUAGAAGCUUCUUCUACCUCAAAGAACUGCAGGCCCUUGAAGAUGGACGAGAGUUCCACAUCAGCUACAGACAGUCAUGGUUCAGAUUAUGAACGACAUGGACCUGAUGCAAGUGUGUCUUCUUCAGGAACAAAAUACAAGACACCUCCAUCUUCUAUCAAUAUAGAAAGUAUAGGGACUUCUGCCUGUAGAGAGACCUCUGCAAGUGUCCAGUGUCCAUCAGAAGGUGACAGAUCACAACAAGAUGCAGCUGACAUGUCAGAUGGAACACGGGCCACCUUGACAGUGCAGAAGAAUCCAAACAACCAUAUCAUGGAUGGGUUGAUGCACCGUUGGGGUCUGAACUUCUUCAAAAGUAGUUGAUGAAGAAAUGUUGUAAAAAUACUUGCUGUUGAUAUCGAAGCAUAGAAAAUAAGAGGGCUUGUAAUGUUUUGAAAUAUGUUAGUGCAAUGGCUGUGUUUCAUUUGGUUGUUUCCAAGUUCA